UGGGUCAGUUCUGCAGCUUGCAAUCCUUUCUGAAUUUCCGGGACCUACGCUUUGGAUCCUCACCGAAUUGGUAAUCGAUUUAGGGGAAAAGAAGUGUCGACGGAGAGUGGAGAUUUGGCGGGGCGAAGGCCGCGUUGGGCGUUCUCAAACCCGAGCCUUCUUGCCUUUGAGUCUGUGCUCUGGUCCGCGGGGGAGUUUGGUCUCUCCUAGUGUGAGGGUUUCCGUGAGUCGUCCCGACGCUCUCCACCACACGCCUGGGGCCACUUCUUCGCAGUAUAAGGAGGCAGUGACAUUCAAGGACGUGGCUGUGUUCUUCACAGAGGAGGAGCUGGGGCUGCUGGACUCUACCCAGAGGAAGCUAUACCAAAAUGUGAUGCUGGAGAACUUUAGGAACCUGCUGUCAGUGGGGCAUGAACCAUUCCACCAAGAUGCUUUCCACUUCAUAAAAGAAGAAAAGUUUUGGAUGAUGAAGACUGCAGUCCAUAGAGAAGAGAAUUCAGGAGGCAAAAUCCAAACUACGAUGGAGACACUUCCAGAAACAGAAUUGCAUGAAGAAUUGUCCUACCAGCAAAUGUUGGAACAAAUUGCAAGUGACUUAACCAGGUCUCAAGUUUCCAUGCUUAGUAGCUCUCAGGUCUACAAACAAGGUGAUGUGCCCUGCCAGGUUGAGAGAGGGCUAUCUGUUAGUCACAUAGGACAGAAACCUUACCUGGGUCAUGAGCAUAAACAGUCCUUCAGUGAUUUCUCAAUCUGUGAUCUUCGUCAACAAUUACACUCACGAGAGAAGUCUUAUACGUGUAAUGAGUGUGGAAAAAGCUUCUGUUAUAACUCAGCUCUUCAUAUUCAUCAGAGAAUCCACAUGGGAGAAAAACUUUAUAAAUGUAAUGUGUGUGGUAAGGAAUUCAGUCAGAGUUCACAUCUGCAAAGUCAUCAGAGGGUCCACACUGGAGAGAAACCCUUCAAAUGUGAGCAGUGUGGGAAAGGCUUCAGUCGUAGAUCAGGACUUUAUGUUCAUCGCAAAUUACACACAGGAGAGAAACCUUAUAAUUGUGAGGAAUGUGGGAAGGCCUUCAUUCAUGAUUCACAGCUUCAGGAUCAUCAAAGAAUCCAUACUGGGGAGAAACCAUUCAAAUGUGAUAUAUGUUAUAAGAGUUUCCGUAGUAGAUCAAAUCUUAACAGGCAUUCUGUUGUUCACAUGCAAGAGAAACCAUUCCGGUGUGAUACAUGUGGUAAGAGCUUUAGUCAGAGAUCAGCACUUAAUAAUCAUUGCCUGGUCCACACUGGAGAGAAACUGUACAGAUGUGAAGUGUGUGGAAAAGGCUUCAUUAGUAGGCAAGAUCUUUAUAGGCAUCAUAUGGACCACACAGGGCACAAACCAUAUCAUUGUAAAGAAUGUGGGAAGAGUUUCAGAUGGGCUUCUGGUCUUUCAAGACAUCAGCGUAUUCACAGUGGAAAAAUACCUUUCAAAUGUGAAGAAUGUGGAAAGGGAUUUUACACAAAUGCAGAGCGCUGUUCCCAUCAGAGAGUCCACAGUGGAGAAAAGCCAUACAAAUGUGAAGAGUGUGGAAAGAGUUACAAAAGGAGGUUGUAUCUUGACUUUCAUCAGAGGGUCCACAGAGGAGAGAAACUCUAUAAAUGUAAGGAAUGUGGGAAGACCUUUGGCUGGGCCUCGUGUCUUUUGAAUCAUCAGAGAAUCCACAGCGGAGAAAAACCAUUCAAAUGUGAACAGUGUGGGAAAAGAUUUACUCAGAAUUCACAACUUUAUACUCAUCGUAGGGUCCACAGUGGAGAAAAACCAUUCCAAUGUGAAGAAUGUGGAAAAAGAUUUACUCAGAAUUCACAGCUUUAUUCCCACCGCCGAGUCCACAGUGGAGUAAAGCCAUACAAGUGUGAGCAGUGUGGGAAGGGCUACAACCGAAAAUUUAAUCUUGACAUGCACCAGAGAGUCCACACAGGGGAGAGACCUUAUACUUGUAAGGAAUGUGGCAAGAGCUUUAGCCGGGCCUCAAGUAUUUUGAAUCAUAGGAGAAUCCAUAGUGGAGAAAAACCAUUCAAAUGCGAAGAGUGUGGGAAGAGAUUUACUGAGCGUUCUAAACUUCAUUCCCAUCAGAGAGUUCACACUGGGGAAAGGCCCUACAAAUGUGAGGAGUGUGGAAAGUGCUUCAGGUGGGCCUCAACUCACCUAACCCAUCAGAGACUACACAGCACAGAAAAACCAUUCAAAUGUGAGGACUGUGGGAAAAGCUUUGUACACAGUUUAUACCUUAUAGACCAACAAGGAGACCACAGCAGGGAAAAACCAUACAAAUGUGAGGCUUGUGUGAAGGGUUACAAGAGGCGCUUGAAUCUUGAUAUGCUUUUAUCAUUAUUUUUAAAUGACACAUAAUUAUACAUAUUUAUGGGACACAUAAUUUGAUACAUAUAUCCCUGUGUAAUGAUCAAAUCAGUGUAAUGAACAUAUUUAUUACCUCACUUAUUAUUUCUUUGUGUUGGAAACCUUCAUAAUCUGCAGUUCUUACUGUUUGCAAAUAAACGCUAAAUUGUUAUUGAUUAUGAGGCAAGAGCGUAAAAGCGGAGCUAAAGAUCUGUCCUGACCAUUCUGUAUAGGCAUUAGCCAAACGGUCUGUAACACUCCUACCUCUACUGUUGCAGAUAUCUCUGUUAUCUGUAUUUCCUUCCCUUGGUAUGCGCUGGGCCUAGAUAGUAACUUUGUAACUUCCUUAACCUUCCCUUGCCUCUGAAGAUAGGUAGCCCACCCGGUGUCAAGGGCGUGGGCCAACCUGACCUUCCCUUGAGUCCCAAGACUUUCACGUUUGUCAAGUCCCUCACAUCUUUUAUCACUCUCACGUGCACCCUAGCCCUAAAAAAUGUAUAAAAGAAAGGCAAGAGAUUAAGUUGGUGGGCUCGGUUUUUUGGGACACUAGUCUGCAGAGUCUCCUGGCUGGAAUAAACUCGCCGCUUCCUCUAUCAACUGGUGCCUGGAGUCUUCUGUCUGCGUUGGUUUUCCUGCUACAAUUACAGUCACUUUGUUGUGCUGUAGAACACUAGAGUGUUUUACUUCUAUUAUACUUUCUGUAUGUGUUAACAAAUCCAUAGCUGUUUCCUGCAUCCUUCCCUGUCUCUAGUCGCCACUAUUCUGUUCUCCACUUGUAUGAGCUCAACUUUUUCGGCUUCCAUUUAUGAGUGAGAAUGUGUAUUCAUCUAGCUGACAGGCACCCUGAGGGCAGGGGUGUGUGUGUCCAUUUUUCACAACAUCUGUAUAGAGCCUAACAGACAGAAGGGAAUGUAAAUCUUUUUCUUUACAUUAGCAGGAAACUGCCUUUUACAAUUAGCUUUUUUACAGUCGUAGAGAGUUCCUAAACAGAGGGGGAUGGGUACCUGUGCUAGCUACAGUCCUCAGUUCCAGCUCAAAAUUAUACCUGAAGGUAGAUGUGGCAAACCAGCGUGGCAAAGGGGAGCAAACCAGAGUGGAAUUGGUGGAGAAUGAGGAAAAUACAACAUAAGAGAAGACAUGGAAACAAAGGGAGGGCAGCCAGUACCAAAACACAAAUCAGCUUUAUUUUGUAGUAUUUGUACAGGUUUCUCUACAGGGAAGUAGCAUAAACAAAAGAUAUUUUUGGUCUUAUAACAUGAUUGGAAACUGUAAAUGACUUGAAAAGAGACAAAUGAUCUUGUUAAUGGUUUCUACUCAACUUCAUUAACAUAUGACAAGAAGGGAGAGGUUGUGAGGAUUCUGCCUAGUUAACAAAACAAAGGAAGAACUUUGUGACUUAGUGGUUUCUACUCUGUUAGCGUACAAUAAGGUGAAAGAAGGGAGCGAUCUCAAAGAUCUCUGCAUAGUUAACUAGACAAAGAGCUAUGUGAUUUCUGGCAUAGGGAGCAUGAAGAAAGGAAUUUGGCUGUUGUGGGAACAGAGAAGCAGUUGGAGGUUCAUUCUCUGAAUGUUUCCCAGGCUAUGAGGACCCUGCUUUCUCAUAGCCCGCUCUCCCCAGGCAUAAUCAAUGACAAGAUAACAAUCAUCAGUGACAAAGUACUGCUUCUGUUAAUGGGCCUGUGCUAAGAAGAGGAGUCAUUUUGCAGCAAUUUCACAGUACCAUGUCAAUUUGGUGAUAGCCGUAAAUCAUCUUCAUCCCCUUUACAACUUCUAAAUAAAGACAGAGUACCUAAUUCUGCCAACAUUAUGUACCUCUUUUU